AUGAGCUCCAUUGAAAGGUUCAUAUCGCAGCCGCCGUUCAUUAUCCAGUCAUCGCUGGCGCAGCUGAGAUAUCUUAUCCUCAGCGAGGGCAUUCAGGCUUCCAAUGAUAAGCAGCUACAAAGGUUGAGAUGCUACGUGUGGUCGGUGCUAUCGAGAACGUCGAUGGAAAGAUCGACUCAGAUCUAUCUAUCGUUCCUUCAACUAGGGCCUGCGCCGCAGCCAAUUUUACAAAAGAUAAAGAAUGACACGUUUAGAACGUUACAGACCGAUCCUAAAUUCAUAACGGUUGUGUCUGAGGAGUCGCUAGUGAGAUGCCUGUCUUGCUUUGCGUGGCAAAGUUUGCAGAUGCAACGGAACGGAUCUGAUAGCAAGAUUCAUCAAGUUAGCACCUAUGUCCAGGGUAUGAAUGUACUAGUGGCGCCGCUACUGUACUCCAGUCCCUCUGAACCGAUGGCAUUCCAGCUUUUCUCCAAGCUCUGUUACACCAUUAUACCGACCUAUCUGGACAAUAACCUCACGGGCGUUCAUAAUGGAGCUAAGCUACUUGAUAUCUGUCUCAAGAUCAUCGAUCCGAAACUGAGCAAGUUUCUCAGUGAUAACCUGCUCACAGCGGAGAUUUACGGCAUACCGUCAAUUUUGACGCUGUCCAGUUGCAACAGACCCCUUGAUCAGGUUUGCAAGCUGUGGGACUUUAUGUUUGCCUACGGAUUCCAUAUGAAUAUCCUCUUUGUCGUUGCGUUGUUGGUUACUGUACGAACGAAGAUUCUGAAGUCCGAGUCGCCCAUGAACCUGUUGACGCGGCAAUUGCCAGAAUUCGACGCCGAUGAGAUAAUUAAGCUUGGUGUUGGGUUUGUUGCCAAGAUUCCUUCUGAGUAUUACAAUCUACUAGUGCAGCAUCUGACCGAGCCAAAUUUGACGAUUCCCUACGAUGAUGACUAG